AUGGUCCCUCCUGUCUCCUCCCCCUCCCUCCUACUCCUGGUCCCUCCUGCCUACACCUCCUCCCUCCUACUCCUGGUCCCUCCUGUCUCCUCCCCCUCCCUCCUACUCCUGGUCCCUCCUGCCUACACCUCCUCCCUCCUAUUCCUGGUCCCUCCUGCCUACUCCUCCUCCCUCCUCCCAUUCCUGGCCCCUCCUGUCUCCUCCCCCUCCCUCCUACUCCUGGUCCCUCCUGCCUACACCUCCUCCCUCCUACUCCUGGUCCCUCCUGCCUACACCUCCUCCCUCCUAUUCCUGGUCCCUCCUGCCUACACCUCCUCCCUCCUACUCCUGGUCCCUCCUGCCUACACCUCCUCCCUCCUACUCCUGGUCCCUCCUGCCUACACCUCCUCCCUCCUACUCCUGGUCCCUCCUGCCUCCUCCAUCUUCCCACUCCUGGUCCCUCCUGCCUCCUCCACCCUCCCACUCCUGGUCCCUCCUGCCUCCUGGUCCCUCCUGCCUCCUCCUCCUCCCUCCCGCUCCUGGUCCCUCCUCCCUCCUGCCUACAGCUCCUUCCUCCCACUCCUGGGUGAUUCUCACAAAAUCCAGAUUUAA